AUGUUUCCAAGACAAAUCUUAAGGGCUGCUCCCUUUACUGCCGCACGCCAUGGCAGUUUCGCAAUGAGAAGUCAGUCCAGCCGUAAGCUAUCUUCCACUCCAAUCACUGUUGCUGUCACACCAGAGGAGUUAGCUUCAAGGAAGCUAGGAUGGCACAAUCUCGAAUUAGCUACACGUGCCUUGCACCGUGAUGGACUUGUGGUAUUGCAAGAUGUCAUUGAGCACUCGAAGCUCGACGCUCUUAACAAGACUAUGGUCCGGGACGCCCUCAAGCUCCAAGCUCUGGGCGACGAUGGUCCCUUCAACUACAACAAAGGGUAUGUUUGGUUUCAUAAUCCACAAGGUCACGUCUAA